AUGGAAAUAUUAUCUCCGGAACUGUUGUGGAUUGAAGACAGAUGUUAUCGUUUACCUCCUAUAGAUAAUAAUAUUUUGAAAAAUAUUAAAGAUGAUGAACAGCUUGAGUAUGAGUACAAUUCAGAAUGUGACACAAAAGUUUCCUCAGAAGAGGAUAAUACAGAUGAAAUGGAUUUGAAUAUUAAAACAGUGGGUGAAAAUAGAUUUAAAUUGUCUCUUUCAAUAGCUCAAUCUUUUUGGCCAAAAUUAAUCGGAUCUAAAGGUGUUACAAAAAAAAGAAUUGAAACCGAUACAAGAACUAGAAUUAUGGUGCCGAAACCAAUGGAGAAAGGUGAUGUAGAAAUUAGAGGAUCUUCUAAAAGGGAUAUAAUUUUAGCUAAAAGAUGUAUUGAUGCAAUUAUUGCUACAUCAAGGCAAAAAUUAACUUACACUCAUUUUAUUUCUGUGCCUAUAAUUAGUGAAGAAAUCAAAAAAAAUUUUGAAAAAUUUAAAGAAAGUGUACUUGACCAGUGUGGUGCUGAUAGAGGAAUUGAUGAAUCAAUUUUUCAAAACCCUAAUAAAUUGCAUUUAACUAUUGCCGUUUUAGUCCUAACUGAUCAAAGUGAACGAAAAAUAGCUGAGAAUAGACUUCGAGAUGUUUGCAAUACAACCAUCAAACCUUUAUUAAAAAGUAUUAAUAAUAAAAUAAUCAUAGAAAUGAAGGGAAUAGAAUAUAUGAAUGAUGAUCCCUCUGAAGUUAAUGUACUAUAUGGUAAAGUUUAUUCACAUCCAAAUCCGAACACUCUUCAACAAAUUUCUAAUAGUAUUUUGGAAUAUUUUGCACUCCAUAAAUUAUUAAAACCAGAAGAUAAAGAACAGGUAAAGCUUCAUGUUACAUUAAUGAAUACCACAUUUAGAAAAGAAGAUCCAGAGGAAAUAAAUGUUGAAAUUCCUGGAACAUUUUAUAAAAAAAAUAAAAAACCUGUUAGUACAUUUAAUGCUUCUAAUAUUUUAGAGAAAUUUAGCAAUUUUUAUUUUGGACAAAUGGAAAUGAAAACCAUUGAAUUGUCUCUGAGGUUUUCCACUGCGGAAAAUGGAUACUAUAAAAGUUCAUGUUCUGUAAAUAUUUGUGAUAUAUAA